AUGUUUACAACAUUCGCUGUUCCUACAGUACGUCUAACGAUGUCAUCGCGAAGACGAGGGGAAGACAUGAGUCUGUACGACUUUGCCAAGAAAUAUCAAGAAAAUCAGAGUAGUUCUGAAUUAGUAAAGAAACAAAACGCCAGCGAAGAUAAAGUGUUGUCAGCCAGAUUGGAAUAUCUAAACAAUCAAAAGGUUUUGACUAUGAAAACUUUGGAGAAAGAGAUAGACCUCAUUAAGAGACGGAAAAUGUAUGGUUUGGAUCGGAGUGUAUCAUCUCAUCAUUUUGAUCGAGCUUCCUUACCCAAUACUCCCAGGAGAUGGACUAAAGAUAAUUUCUCCCCAGCAAAGUUUGUCAAACGUAAAACUCUACCACACCCGGUAUCAAGAAAACAAAAACAUCGCACAACUGGUAGAAAUGUGAUUAGUGACACCACUGGGAACAUUUAUGAAAGAAACACUCCACCGUCAAGAGAACAGAAAGACAACGAAGAAACGCUAGUUGACAACGGAGACUGUCAUGUUGUCAACGUAACUGAAGCAGUAAACUCGGACAUAGCAACACUGUCAACAGAAAAUAUAGCAUCAGAAAUGAUAUUAGAUUCCAGUGAGAAAUCAGACGAAAACAAGCCUUCAGCAAACCCUACUUUAAUAAGUAAGGGUAUAUUUCUUAGCAAUGCUACUCUUGGGCGAGAUAAUAUUCGAGAUAAAACGAAUCAAGCAUUUCCAUCUUGGUCUCGUUAUUCUCACAAAAGACUAAACUUAUCCAAACCAAAAGAUAUGAGACGCACACCUACACCGUGUCCCGACGAGCCUGAGGGAAAUGAACAGUGUCAACAGUGUAUAAACGGGUCGUCAGUGAAUCUCAAUUUACGCCAAAUUCCGUCAAGAUUUCAUCAUUCUGAUAACAUCAAACUGAAGUUAGACAACACUAAAUUUAACCCACUGCUGGAUUUAGGAGGAGGAUUGAAAGAUUUACGAUUUAAGAAUUUAGAAUCAGUUUUAAUUCCACAUUAA